CCGCUCCUCGCCAUUGGGAAGCGGCCGCAGGCAGCGCCGAGCGGCGGCCGGAGGAGGCUCCCGGAGUCCGGCGCCGAGCCCCGACGGACGGAAGGGGCUGCCCGGGAGCCCCAGCGGAGGGUCCCGAAGCCAGGCUUAGCCCCGCUGAAGCUCAGCGCGAAAUCCCGUCGGAGGCGAGCACCGGAGCCUGGCUGAGCCCGGCAGAAGAUCCCCGAGCCCGGCUUAACCCGCGGCGCAGCCCUGUCGGAGAGUCCCCGAGCCCGGCUGAACCCGCAGCAUAGCCCUGUCGGAAGGUCCCGCGGCACAGCCCUGUCGGAGGGUCCCCAAGCCCGGCUUAACCCGCAGCACAGCCCUGUCGGAGGGUCCCGGAGCGCGGCAGCGGAGCCCCGUCGCAGGGUCGCAGAGCCCGGCUGAAUCCCGCAGCAGAGCCCGGCUGAAUCCCACCAGAAAGCCCCGGCGGAGGGUCCCGAAUCCCGCUGAGCCCCACCGGGAAGCGCCGUCAGAAGGUCCCGGAGCCCGGCUGAGCCCCCAAGCGGAGCCGCGGCGGAGGGUCCCGGAGCCCGGCAGCAGAUCCGCGUCCGAGCAUCCCGGAGCCCCGCUGAACCCGCAGCAAAGCCCCAGCGGAGGGUCCCGCAGCCCCGCUGAACCCGCAGCAAAGCCCCGGCGGAAAGUCCCGCAGCCCCCCGGGAGCGGGGCAGCCCCGGAGCGCCCUCGGAGGAGGCUCCCGGAGCCCCGUCGGCGAGCGGCGGUGCCCGGGGGCUCCCCCCCCGGUGCCCUCCAUGGACUGAGAUGGCCUCGGAGCUGGCCAUGAGCGCGGAGCUGCCCACGAGCCCCCUGGCCAUCGAGUACGUGAACGACUUCGACCUGAUGAAGUUCGAGGUGAAGAAGGAGCCGGCGGAGGCGGAGCGGCUGUGCCACCGCCUGCCCGCCGGCUCCCUGUCGUCCACCCCGCUCAGCACGCCCUGCUCCUCCGUGCCUUCCUCGCCCAGCUUCUGCGCCCCCAGCCCCGGCGGGCAACCGGCCCCCGGCCCCCCGGCCGCCGCCGCCGCCGCUUCGCUGGGCUCCAAACAGCAGCUGGAGGAGCUGUACUGGAUGUCGGGUUACCAGCACCACCUGAACCCCGAAGCGCUCAACCUGACGCCGGAGGACGCGGUGGAGGCGCUGAUCGGCGCCCCGCACCACCACCACCAUCACCACCAGGGCUACGAGCCCUUCCGGCCUCAGCCCUUCGCGGGCGAGGAGAUGCCGCCGGCCGCCCACCACCACCCCGGCCACCACCACCACCACCACCACCACCUCCGCCUGGAGGAUCGCUUCUCCGACGACCAGCUGGUGAGUAUGUCGGUGCGGGAGCUCAACCGGCAGCUGCGGGGCUUCAGCAAGGAGGAGGUGAUCCGCCUCAAGCAGAAGAGGAGGACCUUGAAGAACCGCGGCUACGCUCAGUCCUGCCGCUACAAGCGGGUCCAGCAGCGGCACAUCCUGGAGAACGAGAAAUGCCAACUGCAGAGCCAGGUGGAGCAGCUCAAGCAGGAGGUGACCCGCCUGGCCAAGGAGAGGGAUCUGUACAAAGAGAAAUACGAGAAGUUGGCCGGCCGGGGCUUCCCGAGGGAACCGUCCCCAUCCUCCGCCGCCCCCCCCAAAGCCGCCGCUGACUUCUUCAUGUGA